UCCCUCUAAAAACAUGGGUAUUUUCCGGUUGCAUUCGUUAGUUGCUAAUGCGAAACAAAUGAUCAAACUGAACCAUCGACAACAGCUAGAUGUUCCCAAAGGAUAUUUGGCCGUGUACGUCGGUGAAGUACAAAAGAGACGUUUUGUGAUUCCUUUAUCUUAUUUGAACCAACCAUUGUUCCAAGAUUUGUUGCAUAGGUCUGAGGAAGAAUUCGGGUUCUACCAUGCAAUGGGAGGACUUACCAUUCCUUGCCAGGAAGAUGCCUUUGUUGAUCUCACCGCUCGAUUACACACUUCAAAUAGCUUGGUUUGCAUUUUGUCCCUACCCUAUAUGUUUGCUAAUGCAAAACAACUAAUCAAAUGUCACGAUGUUCCCAAAGGAUAUUUGGCUGUGUACGUAGGAGAAAUUCAAAGGAAACGGUUUGUGAUUCCUUUAUCAUACUUGGACCAACCAGCAUUCCAAGAUUUGUUACAUAAAUCAGAGGAAGAAUUUGGGUUCCACCAUCCAAUGGGAGGGCUUACCCUUCCCUGCCACGAAGAAGCUUUUGUUCAUCUCACAGCCCAACUACGCAUUGCUUAGUUUAAGGACAAAAGGAUUAUUGUCAUCAUCUAACGAUCUUGCUUAACUGUAGUUUCUUUGUUUAGUUCCUAGAGAUUAUAAUAGAUGAAGUUGUAAAAAGGGGCUUUCAUAGCUUUUAUAUACAUAAUUGCUUAUAAAUUUGUGUUUUCGU